GUCCCGGGCGUCAGUGAAAUAUGCUCAAGUUUCUGACCCACAAACUGAGGACACAUUCUCUGAAUGAAGAUCAGCCGCACCAGGACAAGGCAGACGACGACCACGACUCGGGAACGGAAUCUGACGACGAGAACGGAGAGGCAGACGAUCCGGAAAGCAACUCAGAACAGCCCUGUAUCUCGCCAGUUCUCGGUCAGCUCGUGCCUCUUCGCUCCCCAUCCGUCGAGCGUUCGCAAGGAGCUGAAACGGUCGCGGAGCACGGAAGAAAACUAUCUAUGGAGAGCGAGGCGGAGCGGUCGAGCGGCUCUGCGGUGAGUCCGUUCCCCAGCCUGGCGCCGUCGGUGGCGUCGACGUCGGCGUCUGCGGGCCCGAGCGCGGGCGUCGCGGCGCUGACCGCCUGCAGCCCGUACUUCCUGGACUCGGCGCUGCCCAGCGACAGCGACCACAACUAUGACCACGACCACGACCACCACAGCUCGGAGGAGGAGCUGGAGGUGAUCAACAGCUGCCCCGCCGCCGUGGCGCCCGCCAGCAGCGACUCGCCGCCGGAGGCCGCGUCCUCGGGCUGCCGCCUGCCCGGCGGGGGCGGCGGAGGCGGCGGCGGGGGCGGCAGCGGGAGCGGCGUGAGGCCCGCCUCCGGCGCGGGCGCCCUGCUCGUCACGGUGCGCAGCGGCAGCGUCACCGUGCCCGAGAAGCGCAAGUGGUCCCAGGUGACGCACCAGGCGGCGCCGCACGUGCUGCUGGCGACGGACUGCUCGCCGGGCGGCGGCGGCGGGUCGAGCUCGUCGUCGGACGACGAGGUGCAGGGCCUGCUGGCGGCCAUGUCGACGCCGGUGCGCUUCCGCACGUGGCCGCCGCUGGACGCGCACAAGCCGGGCCGCUCGCUGUCGCCGCCGCCCAAGCUGUUCCACUACGCGGCCUCCGCCGACGCCGCCCCCGCGCCCGCCUGCGGCCUCGCCCCCGCCGCCUCCGCCUCCUCCGCCUCCGCCGCAGCCGCCGCCGCGGACGCCUCGCCGCGCAAGAGGCACCGCCACACGCCGCGCGCCUCGCACAUCCAGCGGCCCUGCCUCGACUUCGAGAAGAUGCAGCAGCUGAAGGCGCGAGCGGUGACGGCAUGGAGGCACGGCGGAGACCGUGGGGGCGAGCUGUCCGUCUUCUGCUGGUAGGCCCGCCACGACGACCAAGACGUCGACGACGACGACGACGACGACGCCAGCGCUGCCAAGCGGCAGGGACCGUACAAACAAACUGUACAACACGGAAAAACAAAUUAUAUAUAUAUACACACACACAAAACACACACAAACACAAAUAUAAAUAUAUAUAUAUAAUACAGGAUAUAUACAUGAAAUAUAAUUCUAACAUAAUAGAUAAAACACAUGGACGUUUUUUUAAAAUAAAUAAAAUAAAAUGGCUUGGUAUUUUGAACGUGACAGAAAGUGUGUACGCGCUGAGGAAGAGAUGAAGCAUCUUCCUGUUUUGCGAUGCGGUUGUGUGGUGCAAUUCCAGCCUUUGUUUUAUUUUUUAUUUUAUUUUUUCCUCCCGCAAGAGCGCAUUUUUUUGUUUAGAGAAGAGAGAGUUGUGGGCUGUUAUCAGCCCGAAAGGAUGGAGCAAAUGGCCUUUCUUUUUCUGUUUUAUGUUUAACGAGUUAAUUCUUUAGUUAUUAAUAUGAAGCGACUUUGUACAAGAGAUGGAAAAAAAAAUUAUGAGAGUGGGUAACGAACUAAGCUAGAGUGCGAAGAGAUUUACGUUUAAUGCUAUUCUAUGCAAAUAAAAAAAAGGAAAAUGUUAUAAAUACUAUUAUCAUUAUAUUAUAAUUAUUAUAAUUAUUGUGGUUAUUAUGAUUAUUGCUGUAUUGAGUUACACGUUUUGAGCCUUAGUAUACACGUAAACGAGCUAAUGCUACUGCUUUUAGUUGGCAGCACUCAGCGUUGUGGGCUGCGGGCUGACCUGUGUGAUGGGGAA